CUCACACAGCAUGAUGUGUCUGCCGGGGCUGCUGUUGAUUGCGUGCCUUAUCCCAGGCCGCCUGCUCCACAGGGUGGAGCUGGGCGCGGGGGAGUCAGUGUCCGUGCGCUGCCAUUACGAGCCCCGGUGUCGGCGUGGGCCCAAGGUGUGGUGCCGGCAGAUCUCUGACAGCGAGUGUGUGAUAGUCGCACCGGCAGACAGCAAGACCGCAAGGCCUGACCAGCAAGACAAGGUCCAGAUUUUAGACAACACCACCUAUAACUUUGUCACCUUCACUUUGAGGAGCCUGCAGCAGGGCGAUUCCGGAGUGUACUUCUGCGGUGUCCACAGCAACAACAGGGUUCAUGCUCUGGGGAUGCUGGAGAUUCAGGUGUCCAGAGAGCUGGUGACAGGGCAUCUGGACUCAACACCCAGGACAACUACAGCUGGGACGUCCCCAGUCAGCUCCCUGUCUGUCAGGCUCACCGCCUUGCCAGAGGUGCCCGGUGUGGAUGCACUGGGGAGCGACCCGAUGUCUUUCUUCCUGGUGAUCCUGUUCGUCAUCAUCAUGGUGACUGCCGUGGUGAUCUUCAUUCGAGUCAUAGUGCGAUUCAGGAGAGAUCACAUCAAGGAGAGAUCUAAGCUGCCUUUGGUGAUGGCAAGACUGACUCGGCGGCGGGUUCAGCAGAACGUUUACGGCGCGCCCCCUCGCAGGACCCCUGCCGCCGUGUGCAGUGCUCCCCCGAGAUCUAGGCCGCCGGAUGCCGGACGCAGGACAGACCAGGGAUCCCAUCACGGCGUUCCGGAAACCCCUCGACACAUCACCACGGAGGCCCAGCGGUCACCUGUGCGUCCACCCAACCACGGGCCCAGCGUUAGGCUGUGAAGAGGCACCCACGCACGGAGGGAGGGAGACAGAAGACCCACGACCGGCGCUAUCCGAAGAGAAAAGGCAACCUAACGGCUUUACUAGUUACUACACUGUAAAUUGUGCUUUCUGAAUAUUUACCCUUUUCCACACUGCCCUGCUCUUAAAGUGAAAGGGAUCGUUAUUUUCUUCACACUGGCUGAUUAUUUUUUGUUUUUGUUUUUUUCCGGGGAAGGUGGAGGGUGGGUCUUUGUGAAAGUGUAAAGUUGUGGUUUCUGCUCUCUAAAAUCUUCCUUCUAAUCUCCAGAAUCACUGAAGGAAAGUGUGCUUUGAACAGCUCCAAAAGUUACAGGGGCACAUGAAAGAGUCCAAAUAAGAGGAGGCCAUGUACUGCAGGUCAUUUGGUUGCUAGUGGCCUUCCAGUUGUUUCUUGAAAGAAGCCAGGGA